AUGGUUGAGCCAACACCUCAAGAUUCAAUUAUGUUACUUCAAGAAUUUGCUUCUGAAGGUAGUCUCCAUGACUUACUUGAUGAUCAAUCAAGAGUCCCCGAUGAAUUAAUUCUGAUGUAUAUGUUUUCACAAGUAUCAGAUGCGAUGAGUUAUCUUGCGCACAACCGUGUAAUUCGUGGAGAUCUAGCAUGUAGAAACAUACUAGUAUUUCGUUUUAAUAAAUAUAGACCUGAAGAUAAUCUUGUUAAAUUAACUGAUUUUGGUCUUACUCGAAAUAGUUCUAUAUAUGUGUCAGUUAACAAAGAAUCAACAGUAAAUGAUUGUAUCCCAAUACGUUAUGCAUUCCCAGAAUUAAUACAACAUAAUUAA